AUGAAUGCAGAAUCCGGGAUCAAGCGUCGGCAUCAUGUGCGACAUGCGACCACAGCUGAUGCACCCGAGGACGAUUUGCUAGGGGUCACCGAUCCGGUCCUGCGGCGACGCGUACAGAAUCGUCUGAAUCAAAGAGCCUACCGUCAGCGUCAAAAACCGCGCAGUACGGAGGACAGAUUGCCUUCGAAUCGCAAAACAAUUCGAGCCGCUGCCGGUGAUGAUCAAUCCCGAGUUCAGACAUUGCCUCACCGAUCCAGCGACCACAACUCUAUUUUCUAUAACCUCCCCGAGGUGGAUCCCACGCGAUACACCUACGCCCCUCCCAAUUUCCACACCCUGAUGGUUGAAUUUGAGAAACGCGCCCGAGCUGCCCACGCUAUGGGUUCACCUCGGACAGAUCUCCUCCUUAGUUUGAGUCGGCUUAACGUAAUUCGCGCAGCGUACCAGAACGCGGUCAUCGCCGGCAUGACCGUUGACUGGAUGUGUCGCGACGACGCGGUUUCAAUUUUCAGCAUGAGUGGCCCUCACUCACCGCAGUAUACCUUAAGCGCGAUUCCGGAGCGGCUGCGGCCGACCCCCGUGCAGCGAACAGUGCCGCAUCACCCUUGGCUCGACAUCUUCCCCUUCGAGCAAAUGCGGGAUAACCUGAUCCGCGCGGGGGAUUUGCUGGAUGGUCAUGGGUUCUGUCAUGAUCUAACCGCUUUCUGGGAUACGCGGAGCAGCAGCGCAACCUUACUUGUCUGGGGGGAUCCGUGGGAUCCAUCGAAUUGGGAGGUUACGGAGGAGUUUGCGAGGAAGUGGGGGUACUUUCUUCGCGGAUGUCCGGACAUUCUUGUUUCGACGAAUAAGUGGAGGGCUCAGAGAGAUGAGAAGCCACUCGCUUGGCGGAGGGUGUUUGGUGAUUAUCUGGGGUAG